AUGCUUGAUGUUGUGAAUUCCAAGUGUGGUGACGGCCUGCGGCAGCCGCCGAUCCCUCGCUACCCGUCGGGCACUAUGUGCGCCCAGGUUGGCGUGUGCUCCCUCGCGUCCCUGCAGCAGGCCGAUGCGCCCUGGAAGCGCCUUGCUCCGCUGCCCCCGGCGCCCGCAUCCUGCCCAACGAGCCUGCGCGAGAAAAUCAUAUGGGGUGGCGCUGCGAGCGCAUACCAGAUUGAGGGCGCGUGGAACGCGGACGGCAAGGGGCCAUCCAUCUGGGACACUUUCACCCAGAAAGGUGGCGAGACGCAGGGCAAUGCGACGGGCGACGUGGCCAACGACCACUACCACAGCUUCUCUGUGGCGUGGUCGCGCAUCGUGCCGUCGGGUGUCGCGGGGUCCCCUGUCAAUGCGGCCGGCGUCAGGUGGUACCGCGAGCUGGUGGAGGCGCUGCUGGGGGCAGGCAUCGUGCCCGCCAUCACGAUGUACCACUGGGACCUGCCCCAGGGCCUGCAGGACAGCAGUGGCGGCUUCCUGGCCGAGGGGGCCGCCUUCCAGGACGCCUUUGUGUACUACGCGGACACACUGUUCAGGGAGCUGGGGCCGCUGGUCAAGCUGUGGAUGACCUUCAACGAGCCGCUGUCCAUCUGCGAGCUCGGCUUCAGCGCGGGGGUCUUCGCGCCCGGCAUCAAGCUGGGGCCUGCGGGGCAGUACAGGUGCGGCCGCAACCUGCUGCUGGCACACGCGCGCGCCGUGAAGCUGUACCGCCAGAAGUACCGCGCGGCGCAGGGCGGCCGGAUUGCUAUGGCGCUGGACGGCAAGUGGGGUUGGCCCUACGACGCGAAGAGCGAGGCCGACAAGAAGGCGGCGCAAUACUGGAUGGAGUUCCAGUACGGCUGGAUGGCCGACCCCGUCUACUUUGGGGACUACCCGGCCUCCAUGCUGCAGCACCUCAACGCCUCACUGCUGCCGCGGUUCACGCGGGAGGAGGGCGUGCUGCUCAAGGGGACCCUGGACUUCUUCGCGGUCAACUUCUACUGCGGCUACUUCAUCCAGGCAAGGCAGCCUGACGCUGAAUCACCCUACCCCUACACAGUGCUGCACAAGAACGCCAGCGGCCAGUGGGUGGGCACCCCCACGGUGUCAUCGUGGCUGUUUGUGACACCCACGGCGCUGCGUGAGACCCUGGUGUGGCUGGACCGCCGCUACAGCGUCGGCGGCCGCAAGGUCGAGUUCUCCAUCAGUGAGAACGGCGUGAGCGGCCCGGCGGAGGACAAGUUGCGGCCGCCGGCCGUCCUGGAGGACACCUUCCGCCUCAGCUACUACACUGGCUACCUCACCAGCCUGUGCCGGGCCAUCCAGGAGGACGGCGUGAAGUUCACAACCUACUGGGCCUGGUCGCUCUGGGAUAAUUUUGAGUGGCGUGAGGCCUACACCCAGCGCUUUGGGAUGAUCUACGUUGACCUCAAGAACAACCUGACGCGCACCCCCAAGGCCAGCGCAUGGUGGUUUGCAAAGCACUUCUACAGCGGCAGCGCGCGCCACGACGCAUCCCACUAUCACGGCCUCUGGCCGGGCGCCAAGGCCUUGAAGGCGGGGCGCUGA